GUGUGACGUCACCGGGGCAGGCGGCGGCGCACCUGUGUGACGUCAGCGGGCGGGCAGGCGGCCACCAUGGCGGGCGGGCGGCUCCUCCCGCCGCUGCUGCUGCUGCUCCUGCCCGUGGCUGCCGCCAACGACGGCCCCGACGGGCUCCGCGCGAUCGGGCUGUGCUCGCUGCCGCGGGCGAGUGGCGACUGCCGGGCUUGGAUCCCGCGUUGGUGGUUUAACGCCUCGUCCGGCGUUUGCCAGAGCUUCGUUUACGGCGGCUGCGACGGCAACGCCAACAACUUCAACACGGAACAGGAAUGCCGGGAACGCUGCGGCACUGCCGCUCUUGGGAAUUCCAACCGCCUUCCGGAGCAGCCGGCUGCCGUCAACGCUCCGGAUGGCAACCUCGGUGCUUUCCGGGCUUCCGCGGUUGCUCCGGAUCCUUGCGGCGCUCCCGCUCUCACCGGUCCAUGCCGAGCAUCCUUCCCACGUUGGUUCUACAUCCCGGCCAACGGAACGUGCCGGAUUUUUACCUACGGAGGUUGCCGGGGCAACGGGAACAACUUCCAAAGCCACCAGGAGUGCCUAAGCCGUUGCCAACCCAGAAAAGGUGAUGCCGAAGCGGAUUUUACCAGCAGCUUCUUCUCUUCCAAAGUGCUCGCUCUCGGGAUCCUCUUGGCCGUUUUGGCUGCCCUCGUGCUCGUCUCCGGUAUGGAUUUGGUGCUCAAGUUGUGCCGGAAAAAGGCGGAAGUGCCAGGAAUGCCGCUGGGAUGGAGCCCCGGAGACGACAAGGAAUACCUGAUGAGCAACGCUUACACCCUCUGAGGGGGAAUUUAACCCCAAAACCACUUUUCCGGCGGGAAUGCCGGCAAUUCCCGACUCUUUUUUCUCUUUUCCAAGCGUUUUUUUACUACUCCUUUGGGGAAAAAUGGGAUAUUUGGCGAUGGGGGGGGGGCAGAAGCGCCCCAAAAUACCAAUUUACCCCUUUUUUGGGGGGGAUUCAA